AUGACAACUGCAGGCAUUUAUCAUCUGGUCAUAAUGGAUUUCAUGAAUCUUGGCAUCAAGUUUCUAUAUGACUCCGGGUCAAUGUUAGCCUCAUCAUGUCGCCUUGUCAGACAUCACAUGCAUGUUGAACAGGGUAGCCGGAUUGUCACUGCGUGGUACAUGCGAGAUAGUAUCCAUAAUUUUGUUGGAACUCCAAGGACAGACUAUGCAAAAUAUGGCAAUGUACAACGUAGUGACCCGGUUGAGAAGAAAGAUGUCUAG